AUGGAUCUUGAAGCUUGUUCUCCUGGACAGCUCGAGCCUGUUCCUGCAUCAAUACUGCUCGACCACGAACUAGCCAAACGAAAGCUGGCCGAUAAAAAGGGCAGGAUAGUGACUGGAUGUAGUGCGCUUGACAACUAUGUCCUGCUCGGCGGGUUUGAGCGCGGUUCCGUUGUUGGAGUGAGCGCAGAGGAUGAGGAGUUAGGCUUAUUGCUUGGUCUGCAAAUGAUCGCCUGCACUCUGACCUCUAAUACUUGUGCCAGGACAAUGAUCGUGACAACGCUGCCAACUGCGAUGAUACUUCCCAAGCUCCGGGCCGCGUUGAUGAACCAGCUUUCUGCUCAGGGGUUAGACAGCCUGCAGUCCAGGGUCAAGCAGUGCCUGGAGAGGAUCUCUAUUGCCAGAGUGUUCGAUAUCGACGGGUUCAAAGAGGUCUUAAAGGAGCUUGGAGAGGCUGCUAUCUCGGCUGAGACUCAUGCACAAGAGCUACAGAAGAACGCUAAGGUCCCGGGAGCUGGUGAGCCUGCAAAAUCUCACCAACAGGCUGUCCCUGAGGAACGGGAACGGACUGAGAUUCCGGAUAGCGAAGAAGAAGACCUGUGCUCUCCUGAACCAUUGCCACAAGAACCCCCUGAUAUACAACUACCCCCAGCGGAGCUUGCUCAAACUGUUUCUUCAGUUCCGGAUAUUGUCCUUGUCGCACAUAUGUCUAACCUGCUGAACGCCCUCUUCGCCAGUCGUGACAAGCAACCAGCCCACGACACUAUGCUCCUGCUCUCUUCUCAGUUGCAUUCCUUUGCUCGUUCCUCUGCCAUGAACGGGCCUGUUUUCAUGUUGCUCAACUCUACAAUCUCCCCCACGUCAAGUUCACAUGACGAAUCCAUCAUAGGGAAGGGAAUGAAGCUCUCCAAACAGGUAGAGCCCACUCUUUGUUCCAUCUUCAAUCCCGCACCACAGUCUUCUCCUCUAAGACGUCAUCAUCCGUGUAACGUUCCAGGACGUUUUGUGCGGGACCCAGCACAACGUAACAAGCCUGCGUUUGGCCAAGUGUUUGCGCAAAUGGUCGACCUCCAUCUCUUAUGCACUAGGGUGCCGAGGACAAAGGUUGACGCAGCGGCUGUUGCUGCUCGUCCUGGAGGAGGGUUGGUAGAAGUCUCGUAUACAUGGGUGGUUGAGGUGCUUUUGGACGAGACUGGCGUUCUUGAAAGGGUAGUGGCCGAUCAUAUGGGGGACGAAGGCUGGGUACGGAGGUGUAGGGAGCAGAGAUGGGCUGCUGUGGAUGUUGAUCAGGGAAGGAUUGUGGAUGCUGUUUUAUAG